UUUCCGUUUCUGAACUACCAAGAUGCUUUCCCCUCUUUUCCGUGAUUUACUACCUCCGCAGCCCGUUCCCAAGGACUGAAUCAGUACUCAAAAAACUCACGUUAGUGAUUCCUUUUUAUUACUAACAGUCUCCUUCCGUUACAAAGUAAUCCCCGGUUAGUUUUCCGUUUCCGGUUAGCUUGUUGCCUUGGUAACUAAGACGCACAACCGCCGUGGCGGUUAUGGCGGGGCUGGGCAGUACGCAGAUCCCCGACGGGGAGUUCACCGCGGUCGUGUACCGGCUCAUCCGGGAUAACCGCUACGCCGAGGUGGCGCAGCUGUUGGGCGGAGAGCUCCAGCGGAGCCCGAGGAGCCGCGCAGGCCUGUCGCUGCUGGGCUACUGCUACUACCGCCUACAGGAGUUCUCGCUGGCCGCCGAGUGCUAUGAGCAGCUGAGCCAGCUGCACCCGGAACUGGAGCAGUACCGCCUGUACCAGGCCCAGGCCCUAUACAAGGCCUGCCUUUAUCCAGAGGCCACCCGGGUCGCCUUCCUGCUCUUGGACAAUCCCGCCUACCACAGCCGGGUCCUCCGUCUACAAGCCGCUAUCAAGUACAGCGAGGGCGAUCUGCCUGGGGCCAGGAGCCUGGUGGAGCAGCUACUGAGUGGGGAAGGGGGAGAAGACUGUGGGGGCGAGAACGAGCCCGAUGGCCAGGUCAACCUGGGUUGUUUACUCUACAAGGAGGGUCAGUAUGAAGCUGCAUGUUCCAAGUUCUUUGCAGCCCUUCAGGCCUCGGGCUACCGGCCCGACCUUUCCUACAACCUAGCCUUGGCCCAUUACAGUAGCCGGCAGUAUGCCUCAGCUCUGAAGCAUAUCGCUGACAUUAUUGAGCACGGCAUCCGCCAGCACCCGGAGCUAGGUGUGGGCAUGACCACUGAGGGCAUUGAUGUUCGCAGUGUUGGCAACACGUUAGUGCUUCACCAGACUGCUCUGGUGGAAGCCUUCAACCUGAAGGCGGCCAUAGAAUACCAACUGAGAAACUACGAGGUGGCCCAGGAAACCCUCACUGACAUGCCACCCAGGGCAGAGGAAGAGUUAGACCCCGUGACCCUGCACAACCAGGCACUGAUAAACAUGGAUGCCAGACCUACAGAAGGGUUUGAAAAGCUACAGUUUUUGCUCCAACAGAACCCCUUUCCCCCAGAGACCUUUGGCAACUUGUUGCUGCUCUACUGUAAAUAUGAAUAUUUUGACCUGGCAGCUGAUGUCCUGGCAGAGAAUGCUCAUUUGACUUAUAAAUUCCUCACACCCUAUCUCUAUGACUUCUUGGAUGCCAUGAUCACUUGCCAGACAGCUCCUGAAGAGGCGUUCAUUAAACUUGAUGGGCUAGCAGGGAUGCUGACUGAGCAGCUCCGGAGACUCACCAAACAAGUGCAGGAAGCAAGACACAAUAGAGAUGAUGAAGCUGUAAAAAGGGCAGUGAAUGACUAUGAUGACAUCCUGGAGAAGUAUAUUCCCGUGUUGAUGGCCCAGGCAAAAAUCUACUGGAACCUUGAAAAUUAUCCAAUGGUGGAAAAGAUCUUCCGCAAAUCUGUGGAAUUCUGCAAUGACCAUGAUGUGUGGAAACUGAAUGUGGCUCAUGUCCUGUUCAUGCAGGAAAACAAAUACAAAGAAGCCAUUGGUUUUUAUGAGCCCAUAGUCAAGAAGCAUUAUGACAACAUCCUGAAUGUCAGUGCUAUUGUAUUGGCUAACCUCUGUGUUUCAUACAUUAUGACAAGUCAGAAUGAAGAAGCUGAGGAAUUGAUGAGGAAGAUUGAGAAGGAGGAAGAGCAGCUCUCCUAUCAUGACCCAGAUAAGAAAAUCUAUCAUCUCUGUAUUGUGAAUUUGGUGAUUGGGACGCUUUACUGUGCCAAAGGAAAUUAUGACUUUGGGAUUUCUCGAGUUAUCAAAAGCUUGGAACCUUAUCAAGAGAAUAUACCUGCCAUUAUUGAACAACCCUUGGAAGAAGAUAGAAUUCAUACUGGAAAGAAUACAGUCACCUACGAAUCCAGACAGUUAAAAGCUUUGAUUUAUGAGAUUAUAGGAUGGAAUAUGUAGUCAUGUUUUAUAUUGGCUUUUGGCUUUGUUACCUAUAUUUCACACUUUUUAAAUCUAUAUCCUUGACAUCUUUACAUUUGUUACAUAUUGAACUUUGUACACUUAAAGUAUUCUAUUUGAGAAAGUUUUCCAUUAAGAAGGGUAGAGAGCAUAUAGUAUAAGCUAAAUCAGUUUUGCAUCCUCUCUGCCAAUAACAGUCACCAUGUCUUGCCUCAACAGUUGCUAGACUGACAUCUUAAAUAAGCGAGUAACCCUAAAUAGCAGUUUAUAUUCUACUUUAAGCUGUAAAAGAGCAUUGCAUGAGCCAAUGCAUUGUUGGAGUGAGUGUGUUUGCAUUCCUCUGAUGAAUAGAUUGCUAGCCCAUGGCUGGACCAUUUCUCAACCAACAAGUAAAGGCAGGUUCACUGUGCCCUUUCACAGUAGACUGUGCUGUCCAAUAAGACCAAUUCUGACCUUAACUGUAUGCCUCCACUCCAUUUUUUCAGUCCUUUAACCUCCGGGUCUCACCAAAGUCAAGUUUGGACCCUGGCCUAAGCUCUUUGAGAAGUACUGGUAUUAAAUAAAUAAUAGUUUUUUUCUUGGUUCUUUUCAGGUUAUGAGGUUUGGUCCAUGACUAUGUUGCUUCCAUAAUUUGGCUGAUUGGUUGGUCUUUUAUAAUUGAUAUUUCCCUUCAUUGUCCAGUUUUGAUUUUCCAGAAUCGAUUGUGCCUUCUUUUGAAUACUGACAAAUAUCAAGUGUGGACGCUUUCUAAUAUAUUCAGUGUAGGAGAAAAUAAGUAUUGAACUGACAAUGAAAAGACUAAGGUAUGAGUUCCUGACCUUCUGUAGUCAGAUUUUGGUCUUAAGAAAUUCAUUUACCCCUUUAGGUGUCAUAGUCAUUUGAACUACUAGAUGCUCUUAACAGUUACUUCUGGCUGUAACAUCUGAUUCUGUAUAAGCCAUGUAGAAGAAAGUUGACUUUCUUUUAUGACCUGGAUUAUAAACAAGUCAGGAAAUAAAACAGUAUUUCAAAUGGAUUUUUCUUGGUAUUUUGGCUUACAGUAAAUGUUAAUGCCUAAGAUAAAUUUUUGUUAUGUUCUUUUUGAUUGAUAAACCAUUGAUUACUACUAAGAAA